AUGGCAGUCGAACUGCCCGAGUACGUGGCACUUGGGGGUAAUGGAACCUAUGUACUGAGUUGGUCAGAGAGCCAGGUCAGCUGGUCCAGUGGGCUUGGCAAGGAGCUCUAUGGCUUGUUGAACGGACGAUACAACAACAGUGGCCAAAGCAACACCGGUAUUUCCAGCAUUGCCUUUACUGCGAGUGGUCGCUACGCGUUGUGCUAUGAGGGAGGUGGCUGGCAGUUUUGUUGUGAGUCUAUCUCGCGAAAGGUGAUGAGCGACGGAGGCACGAUUUCCUGUUUGUCCUUGGGCCCGCACGGAUCUUACAUUGUGAUUGGCAGUGAGUGCGUUCAGUGGAAAGGUCUUCCGAAACGAGCUACGUAG